AUGUGCGAUCCCGCGCCGCCGGCCAAGGCCGUGGACGGCGAGGUGCGGGACGCGUCGCCGGCGCGGACGGCCAAGGGCCCCGGCCGCGACGACACGCCCGGCGGCACGGGCGCCGCCGCGGCCAAGCUCCUGGCGACGAAGAGCACGAGUUUGCGCAAGCUCCAGUUCGGCGAGGAGCCCCCGCGGGCCGAGCUCGACCACCGCGUGCUGCUCCUCAACGGCAUCAAGCUGUUCCAGGCGCUCGGGCGGCCCGAGGUCGAGUCGGCCGCGCGCGCGAUGGAGAAGGGCGACUUCGAGCGGGGCGACGUGCUCAUCGAGCAGGGCGAGGCGGGCGACGCGUGCUACAUCGUCGACCGGGGCGUCGCCGACGUCUG